GGAUAACAUGUUCCUAUACCUGCGCUAUCGUAACAAUCAUACCGAGUCCGGCGACGACAAAGAUAAGGCACGACGCCAUACGAGUACCGGCCAUACUCUUCGAUGGCAGUCGGUCCUUUUGACACUGGCCAUGUCAAACGCUCCCAAUUUACAAACGCUGAUAUCAUCGCAUCUGUAUUGCGUCACGUCACACUUACGAGUCACUGGCCGAGGCCAGAAAAGUUCCAAGGUAAGAAUGUAUCAAUGGAAACGGCUUUCGGAUUUCUCGGAUUACCCGGGAUCUGUCAGUAAUGGUAAGUAUUGUUUAUCUGCUACUAUACAAAUCAGUUUCCGUCCUCCUGUUCUAGGCGACCUUCUCUCAAGCCUGACCACCUCACUUGACUCCCACCCACGACAAUACACUACAGCAUGACCUCGCACAACCAUCACCGGCCGAACAUGGCCAAACAUGGCGACCCCGAUCCGAUAGCCUACGAGAAAGAAAUCUACCAAAAGGGCCUCUCGUACUCGCGCCCACCGUUCACAUUCAAUGCACUAGAUUGGGAAUCCCUCGCCUCCGAACGUAUGUCCGCCGACUCUCGCGGCUACUGCAUCGGCUCCGCUGGCACAGGCGAAACGGGCCGUAAAAACCGCGAGGCUUUUGCAAAAUGGUCGAUCCAGCCGUCUCGUCUCACUGGGUCAACAUCGUUUCCAGACCUCUCGGUAUCAGUGCUGGGCAAGAAAUUGCCCUUCCCGAUCGCCAUAGCACCGGUCGGUGUGCAGAAGAUCUUCAAUCCGGACGGUGAACUCGCGUCUGCUCGUGCGGCGGCGAAGGAGGACGUGCCGUACAUCAUGAGCACAGCGAGCAGCGCAUCGAUCGAAGAGGUUGCCGAGGCCAAUGGUGAUGGCGAGCGGUGGUUCCAACUAUAUUGGCCGUCGAGAGAGAACGACAAUAUCACGAUCUCCUUGCUUGAACGUGCGAAGAAGGCCGGGUUUUCAGCAUUGAUAGUCACUUUGGAUACAUAUAUACUCGGUUGGCGCCCAUCCGACAUGAACAAUGGGUACAACCCAUUCCUCCGCUCCGACCAAAUCGGCGUAGAAAUAGGCUUCUCCGACCCCGUAUUCCGCUCGAAAUUUCAGUCCAAACACAACGUCUCCCUUGACGAGAAUCUCGGCCUCGCCGCCGCCGAAUGGACGCGGACGAUCUUCCCCGGCACACCGCACUCCUGGACCGACAUCGCCUUUCUGCGCGCCCACUGGUCCGGCCCCAUCAUACUAAAAGGCAUCCAGACACCCUCGGACGCCCGCCGCGCCGCGUCGCUCGACAUCCAAGGCAUCAUUGUCUCCAACCACGGCGGCCGCCAAGUCGACGGCGGCGUAUCCUCGCUUGGCGUGCUACCUAGGAUCGUCGACGCCGUGGGCGACGAGCUAGAAGUCUGGUUCGACUCGGGAAUCCGGUGCGGCGCCGAUAUCGUCAAGGCGCUCGCGCUGGGAGCCAAGAUGUGCUUGAUUGGCAGGCCGUACGUGUACGGCCUGGUGCUGGGCGGAGAGGAUGGCGUCGCUCAUGUCCUGAAAGCGUUACUGGGGGAUACGGAGUUGACUAUGCAUUUGGCGGGGAUCAAGUCGGUGAGAAAGGACGAUUUGGAUCGCGAUGUGCUGAUAAGGGAGUCUGACUUGUGAUGUCUGGAAUGAUUUCAACCCUGAUCGCAGGGCCUCUUUCCCCUUUCAAGCAUGCUCUCAGACAAUGGACGUGGAUGCAAUGGAAUGGCCGCCGUGGGACCGCGACCCACAUGGUAGGACGAUAGACGUGGAUAUGAUGAGCUGCUGGGGGACAUGCUGUUCUCAUUUGAUCACUUGCACAGGUUGCGCUCCUGGGGUAACACGGAGUCAAAUGCGGAUAUCAAGAG